AUGGAGAUCCUCCUCGCGACCGGAACGAAUCAGGAAUUUCUGCAGGCGGCGAAAACCGUUGGCGGAAAGAAAGUCGGAACAGGCGGAAAUUUCCCGCGGAAGGGCGGAAAGAGAAAGGGCAAGACAAAGAGGGAAGGGGCAGGCAAGAGUAACGGCAAGGGCGCAGGGAGCAAGAGCGGAAGCGGGAUAGCCGGCGGAACGGAAGCCUUUCUCGGCACUCUCAAGGGCGGCGGAAAGGGGAAGGGGAAGGGCGGGGGAAACGGAGGGCGGAGCGGGAAGAAGGGGAAGAAGGGCGCCUGGGGGAUCGCGCUCCGCACUCUUCCGAUUUGGAACGCAGCCAAGUUCCAGCUUAAAGCGCGCCGAGCCGCCGCGGGGUUGAAAAAGGCGAUGGUGCAGGCGGGCGCGGCGCGCGGGCAGGCAUUGAGCCUCGAGCGCCAGUGGUUAGCGGAAGGAGCGCGCGCGGGGGCGGGUGCGGACACGCGGGAUAUGUGGACGCAAGUUGCUCGCGACUGCGUGCACCAGGGGCCCUUCCUUACCCCCUCUCCCCUCACUUCUCCCCUCCAUCUUCCCCAUCCCUCCCGGUCUUUCCCAUCCCCCCCUGGUCUUCCCCCCAUUCCCCCCCGUCUUCCCCCCAUCAUCCCGGUCUUCCCCCCAUCCCCCCGACUUCCCCCCAUCCGCCAGCUGUCGCUCUCGCAGCUCAGCUUGGAUCGCGCGGCGGAGAUUCUGGAAACAGGCGACGCGGACGCGUCGGACGCGGUCUUCAAGCUGUCGGGCGCUGCGACGAUGGCGGACAACUGUCAAGGCUCGUUCGAUAACGUGCGGCGGACGGAGGAUGCAGCGGGCGGGGAUGGCGGAGGGAGCGGCCGUUACGGCAUGACAGCGCAAGUGCGGGAAACGGCAGCAGGGCUUCGGGAUUCAAUCGUGGUGCUCCAGCAGCAGACCCUCGACCUGCAGCAAAUUGCAACUGCUGCUGCCGCUGCUACUGAUGAUGCUGCUGAUGGUGGUGAUGCCACCCAGUCUGCUCCUCCUGCUCCUGCCCCUCCUGGUGGUGGUGGUAAUGCUGAUGGGAGUACAAGCAGCGACGCUCCUUCAGGUUCGUCGAAUGACGUGGCACCACCACCGCCAUCCUCGACUGAGGAGGACGUGGCGGUCCCAGCUUCUCCCAGCGGGAACGACCAGAGCGCCAGUGAAGGGGGGCCACGUGGCAGCACAGUAGAUUCAUCGCCAGCCAACGGCCAGGAUGGUGCUGCGGCAUCUGACGCCCCCAUCGCUUCCCACCGAUUGCCCCAAGCCCAUAGUGCGCCCUCCCCCCCUCCUUGCGCCCUUCUCCAUUCCCGCCUUAUGCCAAACUUGGUGGUGGCACAGGAUGGGUCUGGAGACUUCACUACUAUCCAGGACGCGCUCCUCGCAGCUCCCAAGAAGCCCAAGGGGCGUUUCGUGAUUCUUGUGAUGCCAGGUGUUUACAACGAGCGCUUUGAAGUCGGGAAACCCAACAUCACGCUCGUGGGGCUGAAUCCAGCGCUCACCAUAAUAACCGGAAACGCGAGUGUUGGCACCAACUACACUACAUUCAACAGUGCUACAGUUGCUAUUGAGGGUGACUACUUUGCAGCGGUAAACCUCCGAUUUGAGAACACGGCAGGCAAGAUCAACAACCAGGCGGUGGCUCUGAGGGUGUCGGCAGACCAAUGCGCGUUCCACAACUGCGAGUUCUGGGGCUUUCAGGACACGCUCUACACCCACAGCGGACGUCAGUACUACCGCAACUGCUUUAUAACCGGCAAUGUUGACUUUAUCUUCGGUAAUGCUGCAGCCAUUUUCGAUAACUGCACCAUUCAGAUCCGCCAGCACACCAGCGGCGCCCCUGUUGCAGCCUCCAGCCGCCAAACCCUCACCGACCCCACCGGCCUCGUCAUCAUGAAUUCCCGGGUAGUUGGCGAAACCACCCGUUGCGUUACGGGCUUUCUGGGCCGCCCUUGGAAGAGCUACGCCCGUGCAGCGGUGAUAAACUCGUACCUCUCGCCUCAAGUCAGUUCGCUCGGAUGGAUGGAUUGGAACGGGCAGGUGAACGACACGAUAAGUUUUAUCGAGUUCAACAAUACAGGGCCGGGGGCCAACGGACCGCGCGUGCCGUGGCUACGGCCGGGGAUUUUAGCGAAUGUGAUUGCAGUGGGUGAUUUCUUACCGGACAAGUUCCUGUACCCGUUUGGAGUGAUCCGAGCGCUGCUUCCAUGGUUGUGA